AGCCUGGGAACCUCCAUGUGCCGAUGGGAAAGAUCAAGCUGAGAAAACAGCUAUAGGAAAUCUAGUCCAGGCAGGAAAAAAGUGCACCAUUUUUCAGAACAAGUUAAUAAGAUGUCCCUCAUGGGGAGGGGCCUGGGAUUGGACCUGUAAAGCCUCCCGGCUCUGGGCAGCCCUUCUCCCUCCCACCCUCUAAGCUCCACCCAGCCCCUUCUUCCUCAGCAGAGCCAGAGGAUCCACAGCCCGCACACUCUCCCUUCCCCCGUUUCUUCUCUACAGGCGCCUCUGGGCAGCCGGUGCAUGGACAGCCCCAGCAAUGCCACCAUGCCCUGUGGCUUUCUCCUUCAGGGCUUUGCUGAGUUCCCACAUCUGAGGCCUGUGCUCUUCCUGCUGCUGUUGGCGGUGCACCUGGCCACCCUGAGUGGGAACCUGCUCAUCCUGGUGGCCGUGGCCUCGGUGCCCAGCAGGCCACCCAUGCUACUCUUCCUGUGCCAGCUGUCAGCCAUCGAGCUCUGCUACACGCUGGUGGUGGUGCCCCGCUCUCUGGCGGACCUGGCCUCUCCAAGUCUUGGCCUAGGCAGCCCCAUCUCCUUCCUGGGCUGCGCUGUUCAGAUGCAGAUGUUCGUGGGGCUGGGUGGCUCCGAGUGCUUCUUACUGGCUGCCAUGGCUUAUGACCGGUAUGUGGCCAUCUGCCACCCGCUGCGUUAUGCAGCUGUAGUGACCCCCGGGCUGUGUGCACGGCUGGCCCUGGUCUGCUGCCUCGGGGGACUGGCGGUGUCCGUGGGGCUCACGGUGGCUGUUUUUCACCUGCCUUUCUGCGGCUCCCGCCUGCUAGUGCAUUUCUUCUGCGAUAUCACAGCGCUGCUGCACUUGGCCUGCACGCAGAGCUACGUGGAGGAGCUGCCCCUGCUCGGGGCCUGCCUGGUGUUGGUGCUGCUGCCCUCGGUGCUCAUCCUGGCCUCCUAUGGUGCCAUCGCCGCCGCCCUGCGCCGCCUGCACUCCCGGCAGGGCCGGCACAAGGCCGCCUCCACCUGCGCCUCGCACCUGGCUGUCACCUUCCUCCACUACGGCUGCGCCACCUUCAUGUACGUGCGGCCCAAGGCCAGCUACUCGCCGCGGCAGGACCGCACACUGGCUCUUGUCUACACCAACGUCACGCCGCUGCUCUACCCGCUCAUCUACAGCCUGCGCAACCGUGAGAUCACUACCGCCAUCCGCAGGGUGCUGGGGCGGUGGCGGCCCUGCCGAGCCCAGGGUCAGGGUGUGUGUGAGCCUUGACAGCAGGCAGAGACCUGGCCGGAGCAGGCAGCUCUGCUCCCUGAAGUUUC